AUGAGAGUGAACAAGUCCGCGUUUGUAUUCAGUGUGGCGUGGUUGACUAUUUCUUAUGUUAGCGGAGAAGUUUUAACACCCCCAUAUUUUAAUCUUGCCGAUGGUAGAAAGAUAACGGCAACAGCAACAUGCGGAGAAGGUACGCCCGAACCUGAAUUAUAUUGUAAAUUGGUUGGAGCCAAUGCAGACAGAGACGUGAACAUAAAUCUUAUUCAGGGCCAGGUUUGCGAUGUGUGCGAUCCGACAAGACCUGAUAAAAUGCAUCCGGCAUCAUUUGCCAUAGAUGGAGCAGAAACAUGGUGGCAAAGUCCUCCACUUUCCAGAAGCAUGAAAUUAAACGAAGUUAACUUAACAAUCGAUUUCGGUCAGGUUUUAAUAAAAAUGUUUAUUAUGAACUCAUUUCAAAUGGCAAAUUCUCCAAGACCUGGAAUUUGGGCUUUGGAAAAAUCAACGGAUAAUGGAUUGUCGUUUACACCGUGGCAAUAUUUUGCGGAUACGCCAUCAGAUUGUGAAACUUAUUUCGGUAAGGAAAGUUUGCAGCCGAUAACCAAAGACGAUUCAGUUAUUUGCGAUACUCAAUUUUCAAAAGUUGUACCGCUGGAGGGUGGAGAGAUCGUCGUUUCCCUAUUGAAUAAUCGUCCAUCGGCGAAAGAUUUUUUCAAUUCGACCGUUUUGCAGGAAUGGACGAAAGCAACAAACGUUCGACUCAGGUUUUUAAGAACUAAAACACUUUUGGGUCAUUUAAUGUCCGUUGCACGUCAGGAUCCGACGGUUACACGUCGCUAUUUUUAUUCGAUAAAAGAUAUAAGCAUUGGAGGAAGGUGCAUGUGUAACGGACACGCGGUUACUUGCGACAAUACAGAUCCAAGAGAUACUUAUAAAUUAGUUUGCAGUUGUCAGCACAACACGUGCGGUGAUCAAUGUCAAACGUGUUGUCCAGGAUAUCAGCAAAAAGCUUGGAAACAAUCAAAGGCAAACGCAUUGUUUGUAUGCGAACAAUGUAAUUGUUACGGACAUUCCGACGAAUGUGAAUACUCGGAAGAAGUGGACAAACAACACUUAUCUGUCAACAUACACGGACAGUAUUUAGGUGGUGGAGUUUGUAAAAAUUGUCGACACAAUACGGAAGGGAUUAAUUGUAAUAAAUGUCAAAACGGUUAUUAUAGACCCUUUGGAAGGCCUCUGAAUGCGACAAACGUUUGCGAGAGAUGCCAAUGCGACGUUUACUAUUCGACCGGAAAUUGUUCGGAAGGAACAGGACAAUGCGAGUGCAGGAAGGAGUAUCAAGAACCCAAAUGCGAUUCGUGCAGUUUUGGUUAUUUCGGGUAUCCGGAUUGCAAACCCUGCGAAUGUUUUCAAAACGGUACGAGAGGGUAUCAUUGCGAGGCCGAAGGAGGAGCUUGUCCGUGCAAACCAAAUUUCGGAGGAAAAUUUUGUUAUCAGUGUUCUGAGGGAUUUUACGAUUUUCCAAAUUGCCUUCCAUGCAGUUGUAACUCCAUCGGUUCAUUGUCCGAUAUUUGCGCAAUCGAUAGUGGAAAUUGUACUUGUAAAAAUAAUUUCGGUGGACAAAAUUGCGACGCUUGUAAAAACGGGUACUACAAUUAUCCGGAAUGUAUAUAUUGCAGUUGUGACGCUCACGGUACGCUAGAGGAAGUUUGCGAUAAGGAUACCGGAAAGUGUUUGUGCAAGGAAGGUUUCGGAGGAGCGAAAUGCGAUCAAUGCAUUCCUGGUUAUUACGGGUAUCCCGAUUGCAAACCGUGUAACUGCAGUGAAACCGGAAGCGCUUUGACCACUUGCGACGCAACCGGAAAAUGUUCCUGUUUGUUUAAUUUUGCCGGGAGAAUAUGCGACCAGUGUAGUCCCGGUUAUUAUCAAUAUCCGGAUUGUUUGUCUUGCGAAUGCGAUCAUCACGGGUCUAUCGGAGUAUCUUGCGAUCAUUCUGGAAAAUGUCGUUGUAAAAAUAAUUUCGCUUCUGACAAAUGUAACGAGUGUAAAGAAGGUUUUUAUAAUUUUCCCGCAUGCGAAGAAUUGUGUAAAUGCAAACCUCGAGUCGAAGGAAGGAUUUGUAAUGAAUGCCGGCCUUUAUACUGGAAUUUAAAACAAUGGAAUCCAGACGGCUGUGAAGAUUGUAAUUGUCACAUACCUGGAGUUUUGGGCGGAAUAGGAGAAUGCGAUCUUCACACGGGACAGUGUAUUUGUAAACCUGGUGUCGAAUCAAGACGUUGCGAUACCUGUAAAGACGGAUAUUACGGCUUGAACGGAGACGACUUGUUUGGAUGUACAGAUUGCGGUUGUGACGUCGGAGGUGCCAUUGACAGAUUUUGCGAUAAAGAAACCGGUCAAUGUAUAUGUCAACCCAGAGUGACCGGAAGAGAUUGCAAACAACCUCAUCAAGCGCAUUAUUUUCCAACAUUGUACUCACAAUUGCAAUUCGAAGCAGAAGACAGUCACACUCCGUCGGGAAGUCCCGUUCGAUAUGAUUAUUCUGAACAUUUUUUUCCCAAUUACUCGUGGAAAGGAUACGCUAUAUUUUCUCACUUACAAGGCGAAAUCAUUCACGACAUUUUUAUAAACAAACCGUCUUUAUAUCGAAUGAUAUUGAAAUACGUUAAUCCGACGAAUAAAACAAUAACCGGCACCAUUAAAAUUGUACCUGAAAACGUCAAUGAAGUCCCUCAAACAUUUUACGUGCAAUUAAAACCUUCGAAAGAACCUACUUUGGUAACCGUUUCCGGUCCGGCUGGAGGAAUACCCUCACCCCUGGUUAUGAAUCCUGGUCAGUGGGCAGUUCAUAUAUCCAUAGCUAAAACAAUUUUUUUGGAUUAUUUUGUAUUACUUCCUGCCGCUUUUUACGAAGCGACGAUAUUGGAAGAACGUGUCGACGUUCCUUGCACAAUAAACGGACCGAGUAUUUGUCGUCAUUACGAUUAUCCGGAAUUGGAUUUCGAUACCGCAAACGGAGAAGAAGGAUACAAACCUGAUGAUGACCUUCGAGAGCCCAUACAACAGCAUUACAAAGACUUUAAACAUUUGAGCACAAUUCAAAAAGAAUUGCUUCCCAUUUUGACAUCAAAUCAAUCAGCAUUGGGCCUUGACAUAAACAUUUCCAAGCCGGGUAAACACGUGCUCGUUGUAAAUUACGUCACACCGGAAAACGAAUGGAAAACCUCGAAAGUGUCGAUUGAAACGAGUACUAGCAGUCUGAAAAACAAAGGAGUCGUCGAAUUGUCUCCAUGUAUUUACGAUUACAUUUGCCGACAAGUUUCAACGGACAAAUUGGGACGAAUCGCCAUUUAUGAUUUCGAUACAAAUUUCGUCGGUUUAACGCUCAGGGUUAAUCCCGACGACAAUUCAACUUCGGUUAUACAAUCCGUGGUUGCCGUUCCCGUCGAAGAUUGGUCUCUCGAUUACGUUCGACCAAAAAGCGUUUGCAUUAAAAAAGAUCGCGAAUGUUUACCCACGACAUUUCCCAUCGCUCCGGAAUCUACCAAGUUCGAGUUCGAACAAGAAUAUCCAGAAUUGAUAUCGAAUCAAUCCCCGAAUGAAUUUUUCGAUAACAACACGGCAAUGAUUUAUUUGAACGAAUCGCAAUCCAACAUUGAAAUUCGAGGUUCCGUUCCAGCUCCGGGCCCUUACGUUUUCGUCGUUCAUUAUUUUCAACCCUACCAUCCAGAGUUUGUCGGUAACGUUUUGGUACAAAAUGGACAAAUUUACGAUUCGAAAUUAUCAUUGACUCAUUGUCCGGGAAAUGCCGGUUGCAGGUCCGUCAUCGAACAAUUGGAUGGAAAUAAUCAGUUUUUGUUGAAUGAAAACUUUGUCCUUUCACUGCAGAAACCCGAUAAUAAAUCUCUUUGGUUGGAUUACGUAUUGGCAAUACCAGCCGAUCAAUUUUCGGGUGCUUUACUGGAAGAAGAAGCAAUAGAUCAAACGACGGCUUUCAUCUCUCAGUGUGGAAAUAAUCAUUUCGAUAUUGGCACAAACACGUCAGGUUUUUGUCGCGACUCGGUAUUUUCUCUAACCACUCAAUAUUACGACGGAGCUUUGAAAUGCGAGUGUCAUUAUCAGGGAUCUCUCAGUUUCGAAUGCGAACAAUUCGGAGGUCAAUGUCAGUGUAAGGAAAACAUAAUCGGAAGACGUUGCGAUUUGUGUAAAUCCGGUUAUUUCGGUUUUCCCAAUUGCAGAGCUUGCAGUUGUCCCGCUCCGUCGACUUGUCACAACGAAACAGGCGAAUGCAUAUGUCCGCCGAAAGUGACGGGAUUAAAUUGCGAUCAAUGCGAACCGAAAACAUUCGGUUAUGACGUCAAUUACGGUUGCGAAGAUUGUAAUUGUCAUCCGGAUGGAGUGCAAAAUAAUAAUCUACAAUGUGACUUGUACACGGGAAUCUGCGAUUGUAAAAAUAACAUACGAGGUAGAACGUGCGAUCGUUGCAAAGCGGGUCACUAUGCGUUUCCCACGUGCGUGGAAUGCGCUUGCGAUCAUAGAGGUACGACAGAAGAUAUUUGCGACGAGAGAACGUCUUCUUGUUAUUGUAAGAGUAACGUUUACGGUUUGGCUUGCGAUUUGUGCAAAGAAGGUACUUUUCACAUUGACGAAAGAAAUCCGAACGGUUGCACCAAGUGUUUUUGCUUCGGGAAAACAACACGAUGCUCCAGUUCUAAUUUAUACAGAACUCUGGUAAUAAAUGCUUUGGAUAGUUAUCAAGUGGCUGCUGUAGCGACGACGUCAAGUUCUGUUGACGUCAUUCUCGUAGAUUCCGACGAACCUGAAUCAGAUUUGGAAAAUAAAGUCGUUUAUUUCGUUCUUCCUCCGUCUUACCUGGGAAAUAGAUUAACGUCUUACGGAGGGUUUUUAAAUUACACUAUAUCGUUUGCGACUCGUCCUUUCGGCGAUUCCGUAAACGGAGCCGACGUUAUUUUACACGGAGCCGAUAUUUAUUUACUUCAUUUUGCGUUAGAACGUCCGACGGAAGCAACUCCAUUUUCUUCGUACGUGGAAAUUUUAGAAAGCAAUUUCCAGGUGAUGACGGGUCUUCCAGCGACGCGGGAACAACUCAUGCAAGUUUUGGGAAAUUUGUCGGGUGUUUUCAUACGUGCGACUUACGGGAGUUACAGAAUCAAUCCGAGGUUGGAAGAAGCUUCGUUGGAAAUAGCAUCACGUGAUUUUCAUCCUGACGCAAUGCACGCAUUAUCCGUAGAACAAUGUCAUUGCCCUCCCAACUAUCAAGGUUUGUCUUGCGAAGAAUGCGCUCCUGGAUUUUACAGAGCGCAGGGUGGUCCGUUCGGAGGGUAUUGCGUUCCAUGUCAGUGUAACGGUCACGCCGACACGUGCGAUAAAGUAACGGGAAAAUGCAUCGAUUGUAAGCACAAUACAUACGGGGAUCAUUGCGAAUCUUGUAAUGUUGGCUACCAUGGCAACGCAACCAUCGGUUCUCCAUUCGAUUGUCUAAUAUGCGCCUGUCCACUACCGAUACCGAGUAACAAUUUUGCCACUUCUUGCGAUGUUAGCGACGAUGGCGAACACAUAAGUUGUAAUUGCUUGCCAGGAUAUUUCGGAGCAAGAUGCGAAACGUGUUCGGCUGGUUAUUACGGUCAACCCGAAUUGCAAGGUAGUGAUUCGUGCAAAAAGUGCAACUGUUCCGGAAACAUAAACCUGGAUGAUCCGUCUUCGUGCGAUUCCGUGACCGGAGAAUGUUUGAGAUGUUUGAACAAUACUUUUGGCGCUGCUUGUAAUCUUUGCGCACCGGGAUUUUAUGGGGAUGCCGUCGAUUUGAAAAAUUGUCAAAAAUGCGAUUGCGAUGUUUGCGGAACGUACAAUUGCGAAAGUUACACCGGACAGUGUAUUUGUCGGGAUAACGUGGUGGGGGAAAGAUGCGACCGAUGCGCGUCCGAUCAUUUCGGUUUCAACAGGUGUCAAGGUUGUUACGCAUGCAAUUGCGGCAUAGCAUCGGAAUAUUCACACUGCGAUAUGGAAACUGGACAGUGCAAGUGUCAGCCUGGAGUUACCGGUCGAACUUGUGACGUAUGCGCACCUGGUUUUUGGAAUUAUUCAUCCGAAGGAUGUAUUUCUUGCGGUUGCAACACGGAAUAUUCCGUCGGCGUCGGAUGUAAUCCCGUUACCGGACAGUGCGAAUGUUUACCGGGAGUGAUUGGCGAUCGCUGCGAUCAAUGUCCGCAUCGUUGGGUCCUCAUUCCCGACAGGGGUUGUUUCGAGUGUAAUUCUUGCACUCACGAUUUACUUGACACGACGGAUCAUUUAAGAAAUCUAAUAGAUCCCGUAAUGACGGAAUUCGAGACCGUUGCCGAUGGAUAUUUCACGACUCAAAGAUUAAGGUACUUUAAUGACACGGCAAAUAAUUUAUCCGUCGAAGUGAGUAAUUUAGAUCCUACGAAACUUCAAGUGGCGCCGGUUUUAAAAGAAUUGGAUUCGUUGGAAGCGGAUUUGAAAAAUAUUUACAGGAGAGCGGAAUUUGCAAAAGAAAGAGGUGAAAAAUCAGCUGUGGAGGGAGAAGACGUCAGAGUGAAAACAUUAGACGCGGAAGAUCUCAUACGACAAGUGACGGACGAAUCGGGGAAUGCGGUUUUAGAGGUGGCCAAUUUGGCCAACAGUUUAGACAAAGGACGCGGGCCCCACGUUGAAUCCGCCGUAUCGGAAUCGAUAAAACUCCUUCAAGAUAUUCAAGAUAGAAUUUUAGAUCCGUACUACGAAAAAGCAGAAUACGAAAUCGGAAACGCUACUUUCACGAGAGAUAAAAUGAGAAAUUUCACGAUACCCAUAACGAAUCAAUCGAAAGAAUUGGAAAAAUUACGAAAAGCCAUUCAAGAUUUCGACGACAGGCUCGAGGAUUUAAAAAAUCACACGGAAUCCGCGCAGGAAACAUCGGAUAAAUCCAUUCUUUUGAACAAGAUAAACAAGGAUGAAAAAUUAUCGAGUAAAGUGAACACGAUUAAAAACAUGACGAAAGAUUCAAACGAAACUGUUGCGAAUGCGAAAAUUUUGUUGAAAAAUGCAACGGAUGCAUUGGACGAUGCGAGGAGCGCAACCGCGGAAUUAUAUCGUGAAAAAAAUAGGGGGAACGAAGCGAAAGAUCGUUUAAACGCGACACUUUUGAGCGAAUCGUCCGAUCUUUCCGAUCUUCUCAAUCCCGUCGAAACGGCCAAAGUAAAAGCAGAAGAAUUAUUUGAACGCGCAAAAGAAUUGAACGAAUCCUUUGCGGAGUCACGUAAAAGUUCGGGUUUGGGUGUGGAAGCCGCGAGAGCUUACGCGACGAUCGCCGACGAUAUAAUCGAUGCUGAAAAAUCAGUUGAAAAAGCCAACGAACUUGCCGACAGCGCCAUCGAACAAGCUCAGGGUAUCGGAGAAACAACGGAAACGGCUAAAAAUUUAUCACAAAGCCUACUCGAGCAAGCUAUGAAAGCUUUGCAACAAGUCGAAUCUGAUUUACAUCCGCAAUUUUUAACGGCCAAAAACGAAGUGCAGGAAAUUGAAGAUCAAAAUGCUUUUGCCGCGUCGCAAAAUGACAACAUUGUAAAAGAACUCACGACGAUAUCAAACGAAACAAAUUUGAAAACGGCAUCAUCGAGAGCAAUGAAAGAAUCCGAUUUGGCAAAUUCAACGGCUCAAAACACUUUAGCCAACAUAAAAGUCAUAACGGAUAAGGUACCCGAUGAGGUGGUUCAAGCCAAACAAUUACCCAAAGACAUUGGAGCCAUAAAUCACGAAGUUUCUCAGGCUCAAAGCCAACUCGCUCGAGUUAAUUCCAUUCUUCCGGAUAUAAAUCAAUUGAUGACAAAUUUAAAAGACACGCAGGAAAAAUUAAAAGGAAAAGAAAUGGAUAUAGAUAAACAAAUAGAUCGUUUGAAGAGGCAAGUUGCCGAAGCGAGAGAUUUGGCGAGUAGAGUCAACGUCGGAAUCACAUUUCAACCCAACACUUUCGUCGAAGUUAAAAAUCCCGAGGAUUUGGCCAAACAAAGCACGUCGACAAAAGUUUCGGCUUAUUUCAAAAGUGACAAACCCAACGGAGCUUUGUUAUACCUGGGUAACGAAAUCGGAACGAAUAGAAAAUUGAAAAGGGCUCACACGGAUGAUUUUCUAUCGGUAGAAUUAGAAAACGGUCAUCCGGCCGUUGUUGUCGACCUCGGUUCCGGUCCGCAUAGAAUAAACAGCGACAUGAACGUCACGCUGGGUAAAUGGUAUCAAUUUGUCGUCGAGAGAACGGGGAAACACGUCAAAAUGACGAUUAACGAAGAAUCCGACGACGGUAAAGAAAUUAAACACGUGAAAGAAGAAGUCAUACCAGGUGCUGCCACCAUUUUGAAUUUAGAUCCGGAAGAAUCUAAAAUAUACGUCGGUGGUCAUCCGGCAUCAGCUAAAAUUCAAUCCGCCGUUAAAUAUUCUUCUUUCGAUGGUCAAAUGGAAAAUUUGGUCAUCGGUGAAACUCCCGUUUCUCUAUGGAAUUUCAAAGAUGCCGAAUAUACGCAAGGAGCUCAAGGAAGAGACAAACUCAUAAAUCUAAGUCCGAGCACGGGUUAUCGUUUUAACGGAAAUGGUUACGCAGUUCUCGACAGCAGAUCGUACAGAAUGGACACUCGCAGCGUUGUCUCUAUGAAAUUUAAAACGACCGCCAACGAGGGUUUACUUUUCCUCGUGGGAAAAGGACGAUAUUUCCUCUCGUUGGAAAUUAAAAAUGGAAAAGUCGUUUAUCAGUAUAAUUUGGGAGGCGGAACCGCCAUAUUCACGACCGACGACACGUUCAACGAUAACAAAUGGCAUUUGAUCGAAGCGACUCGACAGGAUCAAGAUGGCGUGUUGAAAGUUGACGACAUUGAAAGAUACAAGACGAACGCCGACGGUCCCGGAAAAUAUCUGCACAUUUCCGAUCACAUGUAUUUCGGAGGUUACCCGGGUAAACAUCACUACGACUCGGUGACGAACAUGGAUUUCGACGGUUGCAUAGAUCACGUUAACGUUGAUUCCACGGCUGUCGAUCUUAGCAAACACGUCAUUGCUUUCGGCGUACUACCAGCUUGUCCGGUUCAGUUCUCCAGCAUGGUGUCUUUAAAAGAGGGUCAAAAUGCUUACAUCAAAUAUCCGAACGCUUCGGCUAAUAAUUUGAUCGACGUCAGCCUCAGAUUUAAAACUCAGGCUCAAAGUGGCAUCAUACUAUUGACAAACACGAGAGAUGGUUCCGAUCCUUUUUCGCUGUUUUUACUCAACGGAGAAUUGGUUGUAAUGAGUCAAGGUUCGAUUUUGAUGUCUUCGGAUUCGCCUCACUACGAUGAUGAUCAAUGGCACACCGUCACAGCAACUCACGAUAAUGAUGGAUUGAAAUUAACCGUGGAUGAUUAUGAAACGUUCAGCAACCCCGCCGUGUCGAAUCCUCCGUCUUUCAAAUUCGGAAGCCUAUUAGUCGGUGGAGUACCUGCGAGCAACGUUGUCAGUCUGAGUAAAGUUGGAACGUCGUCACCGUUCGUCGGAUGCAUCGCUGACGUCACCUUCAACGGAAUACUCAUUAAUUUUGCAAAUUCGUCCGACUACAAUGGUGUGAACAUUGGGAGGUGUUCGGAAGCGGAUGAGGAUGAAGCUGCCAUCGUACCGCAUACAGGAAUAAUAGAUGGGCGACAACCAGGUUCAUUUGGUGGAAGAGGAUCCGACACUGACGACGAGUUUAGAUUGGGAUCAGUGGAUGGCAAAGGUACGGGAACGAUAGGCGGAAAAGAAGGAGAGUUUGGAACAGGAUCGGGAAGAGAAGAUGAUAUGAUGGAAGACUUUGAUAAACAACGAAAAUCCGAUCUCGAUCGAGAUAGAGACGUGGAAAAUGAACUCGAUGGUAAAUUAGAUAAAACUUCCGAUCCUAAUGCGAGCUUUCAAAAUGGAUUCCGUUUUGGGACUCAAAAUGGAAGCCGAAUUGAAUUUGCAUCUUUACCUGGAAGAAAUAAAAACACGUUUGAUUAUUCAUUGGAAUUUAAAACCCACUACCCGGAUGGACUUUUAUUUUACGCAUCCGAUAAAGGUCACAUUGAUUUUGCCGCGCUCUACAUAAAAGGGGGAAAAUUAUUUUUCGGUUUCAAUUGCGGUUCCGGAGCGGCCCUCAUAACGUCUCCCGAUUCUUUCGACGAUGGCAACUGGCAUUCGGUUCGUAUCACGAGGGAAAACACGGUCGGUCAUUUAAUCGUAGACGGUCAAAAUCCCAUCAUAGGGGAAUCAUCCGGGAAUACGAAAACGCUAAACGUCAUUUCUCCCUAUUAUCUGGGCGGAUUCGACCCGGCCAUAAUUGAAUCCGCAAAACAUAACAUUCAGGUACGUCGCAGCCUCAAUCAAAGUUUUGCCGGUUGCGUGAGAAAAUUUCAAGCCAACAACAAAGAAGUUAAACCUUCCGUCAAAAGAGGCGUCGUACCUUGUUCCGAUCACACCGAACCUGGAAUUUUCUUCGCAUCGGGCGGCGGUUUCGUUCGAGCCGUGGAUUCGUUUCGCGUGGGAACAAACAUCGAAAUUAAAAUGCAAAUCAAACCGAGAUCAACGUCGGGCGUUUUACUUGCCGUACACGGAAAGAAAGAUUACCUGUUUCUCCAAAUGGUCAACGGCGUCAUCGAAUUCACUGUUGAUAACGGUAGAGGACCCUUCACGUCGGCAUAUAAACCGGGAGACGAAUAUUUCUUCUGCGACGGUCGUUGGCAUUUCAUACACGCCGUUCAAGCGAAAAACGUCAUCGUUCUAUCGGUGGAUUCGUUUUCCGUCGAGCCGGGAAUAGGAACUCCCGGAUCCACGGUCACGGAUACAAAGCACCCGUUGUAUUUGGGGGGAGCGGGACCGAGGGGUCACAAGCUGAGGGGAAAUUUAACAUCUCAUCAAUACGUCGGUUGCAUGAAAGAAGUUUUGAUUAAUUCGAAUCCGUUGAAAAUAAAUACUCAUAGAGCGAUUGGAAACGUCACCGUGUCCGCUUGUCCCACAAUUUAA